AUGAAAUUCCUAUUCCGUUCACCAUUGGCACAAAACUUACGGCACGCUUGCGAACACUUGUUGCGAACAGUUGAAGCACUUGUACAUAAAAGUCACUCAUAUCGCAUAGCAUUUGAACGUCAAGGAAUUGAAUCACAAGAAAUUCCCGAUUACAAAGUGAUGUCAAGUGAAAAUAUUGAAGCAAUUAAUUUUAAUAAGAUAACAAAAGAAUUUUUAUCGCGUCCUGAUAUUUCAUAUUACAUGGUUUCACCACUUAAGCCAGCUGGUGCUUUUGCUUCACUUCAAACGAAUGGCUCAAAAUUUCGUCGUAGUAAUCCAAUGUUAUCAUCAAGCGGUGUUAUUGGUAGUGCAGUAAAAUUAGAAGGAUAUUCAAAGCCAAAGUUUCCUACUUUGGUGCUACCAACUACAGGAUCUUUUGGUUGA